AGAAUAAACUAUUAACUUCUAAAAUUUAAAAAAUAUUUACUAAGCCACAUUUUAAUAUAAAUAUAAUUAGGCAGACAUUUAUAUCUACCUGGAACUUUGGGGGGGAAAUUUUGUGCUUAAAUUAAAAACACCGUUAUCUUUAGCAUUUUUUUAUAAAUAUUUCAGGGGAAAUACACAUCUGGGCAAAUGAUAACAAAAGGAGCUUUCUUAAUUCUAAGCCUCAAACACGUACUAAUGCAGGUUAAUUUUUCAUUUGAAGGUAAUGGAACAUUUCUUUGCAUCAGUUACUAUUCCCAGUACAAAGCACAGAUCCAGCCACGUUACAGUGAAUACCAUAACCAUGCUGUCUUGAUUGACAUGGAGGAAGGGGUAGUAAAUGAAAUUCUGCAGGGACCAUUGAGAGAUGUGUUUGAUAGCAAGCAGCUCAUCACUGAUAUUUCUGGCUCAGGCAAUAAUUGGGCUGUGGGGCACAAAGUUUUUGGCAGUCUUUAUCAAGAACAGAUUUUGGAGAAACUCAGAAAGUCGGCAGAGCACUGUGAUUGUUUGCAGUGUUUUUUUAUAAUACAUUCCAUGGGAGGAGGAACAGGAUCUGGACUUGGCACAUUUCUUUUAAAGUUGCUUGAGGAUGAAUUCCCAGAAGUAUACAGAUUCGUGACAUCAGUUUAUCCUUCUGGUGAGGAUGAUGUCAUAACCUCACCUUACAAUAGCAUCUUGGCAAUGAAGGAACUUAAUGAGCAUGCAGACUGUGUGUUGCCCAUUGACAACCAAUCUUUAUUUGACAUCAUUAGCAAAAUUGACCUCAUGGUGAAUUCUGGAAAGUUGGGCACAACUAUAAAGCCAAAGAGUCUGGUUACUUCAAGUGCUGGGGCUGUUAAAAAGCGGCACCAGAAGCCCUUUGAUGCAAUGAACAACAUCGUGGCCAAUUUGCUGCUGAACCUAACAAGCUCUGCAAGGUUUGAAGGGUCCCUUAAUAUGGACCUUAAUGAAAUCAGCAUGAAUUUAGUUCCUUUUCCUCAACUGCAUUAUCUUGUGUCAAGCCUAACACCUCUAUAUACACUGGCAGAUGUUAACAUUCCUACCCGAAGGUUGGAUCAGAUGUUUUCAGAUGCCUUUAGUAAAGAUCACCAGCUAAUUCGGGCUGACCCCAAACAUAGUCUCUACCUCGCCUGUGCCCUUAUGGUUAGAGGAAAUGUACAGGUUUCAGAUCUUCGCAGAAAUAUUGAAAGAUUAAAACCUUCUCUACAGUUUGUCUCCUGGAAUCAAGAAGGCUGGAAAACCAGCCUGUGUUCAGUACCUCCUGUGGGCCAUUCCCAUUCAUUAUUAGCUCUAGCAAAUAACACAUGCGUGAAGCCUACCUUCAUGGAACUGAAAGAGAGAUUCAUGAGGCUCUACAAGAAAAAGGCUCAUCUUCAUCACUAUCUACAAAUUGAAGGGAUGGAAGAAAGCAGUUUCAUGGAAGCUGUGUCAUCUUUAUCAGGGCUCAUAGAGGAAUACAACCAACUGGAUGCCACGAAAAGCAUGCCUGUGGAAGAUUUUCCUAGACUAAGCAUAGCUGUGUAAAAAAGAAACCCCAAGAUAGAACUUUUACUUUUCUUAAUUUUACACUGGAUUUUGUCACCUUUUCUGUUUCAGAAUACCCAGUUUGCACUUUUCCUAUUAGAAAGCAUUUUGUCUUAAAAAAAAAAAAAGAUUUUCAUUUCAUCACAAUUUGUGGGUGAUACCAGUCUGUGAAAUUAGUGAAGUCCUACUACCUUAACUUCAAACAUUUGUCUUCAGGAAAAUAAUUUAUAGUCUCUUAUUUAGGCAUUAAUACAAUGCAAGAAAAAUCUUAACAAGGUAUAUUUUUAUAUUUAUAAUUUAUUUUUUAUAUUCUGUUUAAAUUAUCCUGAUUUUUUAAAAGUACAAGGAGUAUUAGAACACAAUAUAAAUACUUCUGUGUAAUACCCACUAACUUUUCUAGGAUAGGUUUUAUUACAACUAUGAAGGAGGUUUUGUUUCUUUGGGUAACCACGUUUGCACUCAAAAGAAUCAAAAUUACACUUAUUUUAACAUAUAUAUAUUAUCUUUAAAUAUAAUGUUUUAUUAAACCAGUUGAUUUCAUAAUAAUAAAUGUCCAUAUUUUUAAACAGUAUUGCUUGUUAUUAUUGGUUUUGCUUGUCACCAUUUAUAUAAGCAAACAGAACAUUACUUAGCUUGACAUCUUCCAAACUUCACGGGAAAAUGGCUGUAAUAGUCUAGUGAACGUGUUCCAGUUAUUAUAAUCUCCAGUUAUAGUUUUAACAUUAAUUUAUCUUUAAAUACAAUUUAUAUUUUAAAUUCAGAAGUGGAUUUAUCACUUAAGGAAGUAAUUUUUAGGAACAAUUUAUUCUCAAGCCAAAAUAAUCUUUGCUUUCUUUAGUGCUAAGUUUUUUUCUUUCCUUUUCAAAGUAAGGAUACUGCUCUUGAUCUUUAUCUUUGAAAUUUCAUUUUUUACAAUAUUUGGUAUAAAAACUUUUAGAUUACACUUGUCAAUAAUGGCCAAAUUAUCUUAGAAACUUCAUUUUGUACAGUAUUUGGUAUAAAAACUUUUAGAUUACAGUUGUCAGUAAUGGCCAAAGAAGUUCUGUUUUCUUCUUUCAAAAGAAAUCUUAAUAAACUGAUACUCAGGAUAGGAUAGUGGAAAUUAUAUUUGCAGUUUAAUUUAUCUUAUUUAAGAAUUAAACCCAGAAUCUUGCUCACCAUGUAGUGAUGAUCAUCUGAUGGAAUCCUGGCUACAUUGUCAAAGUACAGAUAAAGUUUUAAAAAAAAUAAAGUUUUAAAAAAGUUCUACUAAACUUUUACACAUCUUCAACAAAGUAUUCCAGAUUAUUUUAUAGAAUAAAAUGCUUUCUUAUAAAUUGUAUAAUUUUUCCAUUAUGUAUGGAAUAUGUAGAUGGAAGCAACUAUCUGUGUAUUUCAUAAUUAUACAUUUAAAGUAAGAGCUCAGUUUUAAGAUUUUUAAGACAUAUAUAUAUGCGUGUGUAUAUAUAUAUAUAUAUAUAUAUAUAUAUAGUUUUUUGGGUGCAAAAAAGGUUUUAUUAAAGCUCAGGGACAAGACCUGUGAGCAGAAAGAGCUGCACCAAGUUUUACAUGUAUUUUUAAGAGAACUUUUUUUUUAAGAUUUUAUUUAUUUAUUUGACAGAGACCUAACGAGAGCAGGAACACAAGCAGGGGGAGUGGGAGAGGGA